AUGGACUGGGCCUACGGAUGGAUGCGCAACAUACUCGCCUACUUCAACCUUUGGGACCUGCAGGCCAAGAUGGUGUUCGUGGGGCUCGACAACGCCGGCAAGACCACACUGCUGGGCAUGCUCAAGGACGACAAACUACGAUCCACGCAACCCACAUUCCAACCCAAUCAGGAGGACAUGAAGCUGGGCUGCGUCACCUUCCGGACGUUCGACCUGGGCGGACACAAGGGCGCUCGGCCACUGUGGCGCGACUACUUCAUCGAAGUGGAUGUGAUCGUGUUCCUGGUCGAUGCAUCCAACCGGGACAGGUUCGAGGAGUCGUACGAGGCGCUGGCGGGCAUCCUCAAGAAUGAUGAGCUGGCCCACGUACCCGUUGUGGUCCUGGGCAAUAAGAUUGACAGGCCCACGGCCGUGUCCGAGCGGGAGCUGAGGGAGGCGUUGGACCUGGCGGGCACGACCACGGGCAAGGGCAAGGCGAAGCUCCGGACCAACCAACGGCCACUCGAGCUAUUUAUGUGCAGUGUGGUGAAACGCUGCGGCUACAUGGAGGCCUUUCAGUGGGUCGCCCAGUAUGUACAGGGCAAGUGA